CUAUAAUUUAUUAUCCACACCCAACCUCACUUCCUCUCACUCAGUGACAACACUGUGAGUGUGAAAUCAUGACCAACAAAUCCCCCAUUUUCACCAUUCAUGAACCUCCUCAUCAUUUCAGUGACUAUGGCUUCGACCCUCAAAUCGGCUAUUUUCAGGUGUUCGAAGAAGCCAGAGCCCAUAAACGUGAUUCUUCUUCCUUCAGAUCCGCCAUUGACACCCUGCAUUUCAAGCUUCAAAAACCCGUCCCCCGAGACGACAACAAGAAGAUAAAAAAGAGUCGUAAACGGUGGUGGAAGAACGCCCUAUGUUUCUUCAAACGCAAACGCACUUCCACCUCCACACCCGACGACAGCCUCCACCGCGUCUACAGCGGCUCAGGACCUCUGUAUAUGGCGGAUAGCCGAAGCGGGCAUUCCAAAAGCAGCCGGUAUUCCGGACAACUAGCUGGAACAAUUAACAUACCAUACAUUGAUCUCAACGAAUUCAACAUAGACCAAACUCACAGGAUUUCAGCCACCCACGUGCCAAUUUACUUGGUCACGUGACUUCAAGUUAGCACUCGCGGAACCAGAACUUCGUUAUUUACCCGCUACAACUAGAGGGUCCAUAACCCUUUUUUAAGAAAAAUCUAAUGGUUCUCGUGGGGUCAGCAGACCCUCUUGACCCUGCUCUGGCUGUGCUCCGCCCAUGUUCAAGCAUUAUUCAUUUGCAUUUACUUUUUUACUUUUUGUUUUUUAAAAGUUAAAAGAUUUAUAAUCUUUUUGCAGAGAUUGAUUUUAUUGUUAGUUGUACUAAUGGUUUGAUGAUAUUCAUGAUUUGUUGUUUGGAUAA